AUUAACAUUCGCCUGUUUGACGCGAUCGCUGACAGGAGCUUUUUUUCUGCAAGUGCUGUGGAAACUUUAAAUUUCCAAAUUCAAACUUCCAAACUUUGAAAAACUUCAACAACUACUCAAAGAUCCAAAAAUGGCCUCCUCUAGUUUACGGCGUGAAAAGUACCUGAUCACACUUGGCAUCCAUCGUAUACUGGACCGCCGCUAUGCUCGGCUGAUGAAGGCUUUUUCGGUACGUAAGAUGCUGGUAACAAACCUGAGGAACCGUCCUUUGAACGACAGCAACAUCGACUCCAUGUCCAACCUGGUCCUGAGCCUGUACCAUAACUUGGUCACUGGGGACAAGGAUUUUCCUUUCAUCCCCAUUAGAGGAAACUUCUGCUCAGACAAGCUGGUGACACCCUUUGCCCAAACGGGGCACACGGAGAAUGACACUCCGUCGCCGCAUAUAGUCUCACCACCUGGUGUGAUGGUGCCGCCUGCAGGUUCCAACUUUCCUCCUCAAUUCCUGACUCCUGUUCUUCCUGAGAAGGCAGAUGUUUAUGUGCUGAAGGCAGACCGGAGGAACUGUGUCAGCACUCUGAAUGUUGACGGCAAUGCUGUCACCAGAGUCAUCUCCACUGUUUACCGCAAUGAAGACACUGAGAUGGCAAACCGAUGGAGAGUAACGGACUACAGCGAAGAAGGCAAUGUACUCAUGUCGGUGCUGUGUCAGUUUUCAGAGAAGUCGGCACGGUGUGCAAAACGAAAUGCAGAAGAAGAGAGCAGCAACGGGAGCCCCACUCCACCGAGGAAACGUUUGAGACUGUGAUGGAAACUGAAGCCUUUCCUGCCUCCGUGUCCUCCUUAGACCUGGUGACCUCUCUCUCAUUCCAGAAGGGAAGAAUGUCAACCUGCCACAGCUUCUCCACAUUCCUCUUCAAUUCCAGGGCCUCUGGGCUGAGCGAGGUGAAUAGGCACUGAUGGGGCAGUAACUGGGUCUCAAGCGCCCUUGCUGGUCCUUGUAAUGUCCAUCCUAGCCGUGUACGGAUGGGCGCUGGGCCGCCUGGUGGGCCAAGCUGUACUCUCUCUAUGGGGCACAGAAGGUGAGGAUGAUCAGCACCGAUUAAUAGCAGUGGGGACACAUUACUGAAGGCUUGAAGAGGUAGAUCAGCGAGUUGUCUAUACUUCCUUUUGAGGGUCAAGAUGGGAUAAGAAUGUUCUGCCAACCGUAGAUGUUGGGCGGUGAAGGCGUUUGAAAUCCGAUAGGAUCGCUGCGGCUGCAGGAUGGGGGCAAUCUCGAAGGAUACUGAUGCUCCAUGCAGGAUCUGAACGUCCUGUCUGAUCGUUCGGAGGGACAUGUCUUCCGGGGUUCCUGUCACUCCUAGAUGUUGUGCGGCGUCUGACAGUAGCAUCGUCCGAUCCGAUCCAUCAUCUAGAAUCGCGUACGUGUCCAAGGUCCUGUCCCCGUACCUUAGAAGAACUCUAAUGAUUUUGAGGAGGACACGUGUUGGGUCGGAAGGCUUAUCCAGGUAAAGCUUGUCAGAAGCAGAACUCACUAAGCAGGUCCCUUCUUUCACUUCUCGGUUGUUGAUUGGGUGCAAUAUGAGCAGGUGUUUGCCUUGGCAUUUACUACAGGGCUUCUUCAGGUUGCACUUAGCCACCUGGUGUGCUCUGCCACAGCGCCAGCAGCGUCUGUUGGUUCUGAUCCAGUCGAUCAUCUGCUCCCUGUUGAAGCACUUGAAGGUGGCACACUGGCUCAAAUAGUGAUCUUCUGUCUCGCAGUAGGGACAGAAAGCUUUGGAUGUAUUUCCUCUCCUUUCAGUAGGCGGAUGGCUGCUCGGGGCCUCCGCUCUAGAGCUGGGUGCGUCCUUUUCUGACCCAUGCAGUACUGUGGCGGAACGCGGAGCUACUCUGGGUUCCAGACGGCGCUCCGGCUUUGAACUAGGUCUUUCUCGUUGCCCAUCACUGGAUUGACACCAGGUUUCCACCUGCAGCCAAUCGGAAAACUCAAGGAGGUUAUAAACAGCAUCAGGGCGACGGCACAUAUGUCUCCAAAACUCGGACCUCAUUUCGGCAGGUAAUUUACUGAGGAGGCGUGAUACAUGAGAUCCGCAUCGCAGCUCUAUCUCCCCCUCUGCUCCCAACGUCUUCAGCAUACCCACCAGGGCACGGAUCUGGAGUGAGAAUUUCUCAAAGGCUUCCAAGUCUCCCCUCCUGAUGUCUGGAGAGUCCAUGACGUUCGCGAUUUUCUGUAGAGCCAAUUGGUGGGGCUGGCCGAACCUCUCAGCCAGAGCUGCUAUGGAGUCUCUAUAAGGUGUUGGUGAGUUGAGAUAGGCAUCGGCGAUGAGCCGUGCAUCUUGCAGCUUCAGGUGGUCAGUUAGAACUUGAUACUUGAACAGUUCCGUGCUGUCUGGAGGAAGCAGGUUGUCCAGAGCAAUCCGGAGACGGGCGAAUUCCCCUGGGUCUCUCUUGAUCAGGUCUGGGAUCGACGACGUUGGACCCCGAUAGGCUCUCUCUUGGGUGAAGGCAGGGGACAACGGAGCCUGAGCCUGUGGGGCGUGGCCUGGGUAGGUAGGAGGUCCAUCAUACCUGGAUGGUGUGACUGGUUGUGCCGCAGGGCCAUAGCUAGAUGGCGGGCCAUACGCUGGGUUCCUGCUCCUGUAGGUAGGAAGUCGUCCUGUCGGUGGCAAGCUUCUCUCGGGCUCACCGCCACUCAUGCCACUAGGUCCGGGCGAUCGUGAAGCUGUGAUUGCCUGCUCCCUUAAGAGGCUCAAUUCCUCCAUUAAACUAUCCAGCCUCUCAAUGGUGCUAGUUUCUCGGCCGUAGGAGGGCUGAACUGCGGGUUGAUCCUGUGGAUCGUCCAAUAUCUGUGCAGUAUCACGGGGGAGCAGUCUUCUAGGAGGAACCUCUGGGCAGCCUUGGAAGGGAUGGAAUGGGCUCUGAGUUCGCUCACCUCAUAAUCGUGGAGAUAGGCAGGAGUCCAGAUUGACCGUUUGGGGCGUGUAGAGUCACUGGCUGUGUGGGCUGGCUGCAUCCUGGGGUCCGAGGAAGAUAUCAAAUCCGACUCUAAGGACCACCGUUCGAUAGCUCUAAUGUGCGGUUCGCUGUACCAGUAAGGAUUCAGGUGAUAUCCCCUCGGGGAGCACAAACAGGAUGCCAAUAGAGAUUUUAGGCUCUUUAAUGAUGAACAGAGGCGAGCAGGUGUACGCUGUACAGUCACUGAUACACCAAGCAGGCCUACGUAGAUAGAGGGGAUCUGUGGAGGUGUAUUUGUGUGUGUGUGGUUAUUCCGUCAGUUACGCACACAACUUCUGUUGCUUGCUGCUUAAGAUGGCUGGCUCCGUGUCUGACUGACUAAAGCAUUACGCAACUCUCCUGUAAAGCAUGCACUUCACUCCCUUCACCCUAGAUGUCUCUCUACACCUACACUUACUGCCUUCCCAACAGCUUCAUCCCACAGUCCAGAGAGAUGCCUGUUAGGUUAAACAGUGAUUCUAAUUUGUCCACAUGAAUAAACGGUUGUCUUGAGUCUCUGUGUUUGAACCUCUCUCCCCUAGACUGGCACCUUUUUUUUGGAAGUGAAAUUGUGGCCAAUUAUUAAUUAUAGUAAUUUUAGACCCCUUUGGGUAAAUGGACAUGUAUGCUUAACAUCCCAAAAAUGAGUUGUACUGUUGUUGUAAUGUAAUGUUUCUUUAUUUCUAUUAUUUUAAGAGACACCAUGAAAACAUUUAAAAUUUACAAUUUUUGUACUUUGGAGGCACAAACAGUAUCUAACUGUGUCUGAAUAGAAAAUGUUUGUAUUACUGAAUGAAUUCAUUGUUUAUUCUCUUUCUUCCUUACUGUACAUGUUUUGUUUUGACAAAAACUUCUUAAUACAGAAAUUGUUUACAUUUAAAUCUACAGUUUGUGUAACAGCAGCUUUCUUUAUUAAAU